AGAUGGGUGGGGCUCUGUCACUUCAGGAAGUCUUAAAGCUCUCAUGAUAAACUUAAGCGUCAUGUACAUUGUUUGCUUUGUCAGGUAUAAACUGACCUGUUAGAUAUUUGAAUCAUGACCAUCAUCUGGAUCAUCAUCUUCAUUCUGACGCCUGCUGGAAUCAGUGCUGUAACUACUGUAACUGGACACAGAGGACAGUCAGUUCAGAUUAAAUGUUCCUACAAGUCUGGAUAUGAAACCAACAUAAAGUAUCUCUGCAGAGGAGAAUGUUCUGCUAUAUGGGGAACUAAAGACAUUCCUGUUCGGUCUGGAUCUGCUGAAGAUCAGAGAUUCUCUCUGGAUGACCACACAGCAGCCAGAGUCUUCACCAUCACCAUCACUGAUCUGAGACCAGAGGAUGAAGGAACAUACUGGUGUGGGAUACAGAGGACUAAAGCACUUCCUGAUCUUUACACAGAGAUUCUAUUACUGGUUAAACCUGAUACGCCUACUACUGUCUCUCACUCCACAUAUUCUCCUCCAUCAGUGCAGACACAAUCCACACAUCUCUCCAGUUUUCCAUCCACAGAUCUUCCAAAGAAUGUCUCAGUGUCCAUCAUUUCCUCUGGACACAUACUGGAUCUGGACACAGUUACAGUCCUCUACAGAGUGGAUCUUACUACUGCAAGGCUCAGAAUCAACAUGGAGCUCAGAGAUCAGAUCUGGAGGAAGAGGCAAAGCAGAAAUAUGGAUGACCCAGACUAUGAGAGCACAGUCCUCAGACCCCAGCCUCCUGAUGAUGACUCUUGCGGUGUUGAGGACUAUGAGAAUGUAACAAAAGCAGGUCUCAGAGCCCCGCCUCCUGAUGACGACUCAUCCAGUGCUCAAGACUACGAGAACAUUACAGACAUAGGCCUCAAUGCUCCGCCUCCUGAUGACAACUCAUUCAGUACUGAUGACUAUGAGAAUAUAACAGUCACUGGUAAGAAUUAA